AUGGAUCCUUGGAAGAGCUGGGCCAUUGUUGGCGUCUUCGGGCUUGGAGCUGCGUACUACUACAGCCAGUCCGGCAAAAACAAGCGUGGUAGAGGCCGUGCACCACCACUCCUCUCAGCAGAGCAGAGUCAACGACGUGGGUCAGACCAGCGAAAUGACAGCAAAGACAAGAGGAAGAAGAAAGGCAAAUUAUCCGACACAUCUGAUCAACCGGGGAGCGAUGCCGGAGAAGUGGCUUCGGCUUCAGUACAGACCAGCACCAACGGUACAGUGAAAAAGCGCAAAGGUGGCAAAAAACAACCUAGCAAGCUUGCUCAGAGCUCAGCUGCUGAAAUCGGCCCAGAGCAAGGUUUGGGCACUGAGAAUGGUAUUGCCGAAGAUGAAGAAAUGGACAAUGAGGAGUUCGCUAGACAACUGUCGGGCUUGAAGACAGGAACUUCUCUGAGGAAGCCUGCCACCCAGAAUGAGAACAAGAAAACGAGGAAGCAAGGGAAGCGCAACGAAGCACCACCACAAGCCAUGAAUGGUUCCGCUUUGAAGACAAAUGGAGUCGCAAGCUCGCAAGACAUGUCCACUGCUUCAUCUACUACAGGAGCCGAUGCCGACGACGACCUCUCGCCUGCCAUGUCUCCAGAUCUUCGCGCGACUCAGGCUACUACAACCUCCAGUACGGAUAUCUCCGACAUGCUCGAGCCAGCACCGAAGGGAUCAUCAAUUCUUCGUAUUACCGAGCCAGCGAAUCCGCAACCGGUCCGACAGCCAAAGGCUCAAAAAGGUGCACCAGAGCCGGAGACUAAGAAGCAGAGGCAAAAUAGGCAGAAGAACGAGGACAAGAAGGCAAUGCGUGAACGAGCUGAGAAAGAGAGACGCGCCUUGCUGGAGAAGCAGCUUCGUACUGCGAGAGAAGCAGAGGGAAGGCCUGCAAAGAAUGGUCUAGCUCCUUCGCAACUACCGUCUACCAACGCGUGGAACAAGCCAGCUAGUGCAGCGACUGAUUCUUCAGGACCAGUUUCAAAACAGAGCAGCGUCUCCUUGCUUGACACGUUUGAAGACGCGCCUACAACAGCUCCAAAUCCACGUAGCACCAACGGUGGGGCGAACGGUGUGUCUAAUGGCGUGUCUGUAGAUGGGAAAGUGUGGAACAAUGACUUGCCCUCUGAAGAAGAGCAAAUGAGAAUGAUCACCGAAAUGGACAGUGACAAUGCUUGGAGUACAGUUGCCAAGGGUGGUAAAAGCAAAAAGAAAUCGUCGGCCGCUGUCCCUGUAAAUAAAGAUUCAAUCCAUUCUUCCGGAAACCAGAAGAAAGAUACAUCAAGCACUACCGCUGCUGCGUCUUUAGCGAUCUCUGCAGACAACAAGAAAACUCCCAAAGACAACAACAACAACAACAACAGUACAUCAAGCACAAUGCCGCCCAUUUCUGCAGAACACGACAUUACCACAUCUUCUGGAGCGGAAAAGAAAGACAUACCCACUGGAGUGAUGGCCUCAAAAGAGGAAAAUCUCAACAAGACAGCAACAUCACCCACCAAGGACAGCAAGAAUGAGGAGUCUGCAUCUAACAGAGCUACUGAUGCUCAUGAGCCAAAGCACGUCAAAGCAACCUACGAGACUAUCGACCAUAGCGUAUGGACUAGGAAGAACAUUACCGAGCAUCCAGACUACGACCCCGACUUCCCCUACGCUUUGACUGGCCAUCCGGACGAUGAUGAAUGGGCCGUCUGUUGA